AUGAAGAAUUUGGUUUCCUCCAAGAGUGAAAGCAAGACUAGAGCAUAUGCAGGCUUAGGAACUGAGAAUAUGAGAGUGAGGCAUUUUCUUGUGACUUUUCUUUUGCUUCUUUGCUGGGUGACAGUCUGCAGCAAUAGUCUCACAGCUGAUCAAUAUCCAAACCAAAUCAUCUACGGGAAGAAGCAUUUUGUGCUGGUCCAUGGAGCCAGUCACGGAGCUUGGUGUUGGUAUAAGUUGACAACUCUAUUGAAAUUCUCUGGUCACAAUGUUACUGCACUAGACCUUGCAGCAUCUGGGAUCAACCCGAUCCCGGUAGAGCAAGUUCAAUUGUUCUCCGAGUAUGUUGAGCCAUUGAUCACAUAUUUGGGGUCUCUUGCACCAAAGGAGAGGGUUAUCCUGGUCGGCCACAGCUUGGGUGGAGCUGUGAUAUCAUUUGCCAUGGAGAGGUUCCCUGAGAAAAUUGUUGUUGCUGUAUAUGCUAGUGCUGUGAUGCCGGGUCCUUCUCUUGGUUACUUGACUAUACGGGACAAGCUUAUUGAAAGAUGGGAUUUACCUAAUAAAGGGUCACCGAGUGUGUAUCAGCUAUCCCCACCAGAGGAUCUAACACUAGCAUCAACAUUGCUGAGACCUUCCCCUGCAUUCAAUGAAGAAAUAAGACUCACCGACGAGAAGUACGGACUGGUACCAAGAGUGUGCAUCAUGUCCGACCAAGACCUUACGAUAGAGGAGGAUAUACAACUGUGGAUGAUCAAGGAAAACCCACCAAAUGAAGUGAAGGUGAUAAAUGGCUCCGAUCACAUGGUCAUGUUGUCUCGACCACUCGAGCUGUUCUCCCACCUCCUCCAGAUUGCCGAAAACUACCACGAGUACCCUGUAGAUAUUUACUAGCUAGACGCCUAUAAUUAAGCUCAUCAUGGUUGUUAAUCGAGUUACCUAAGCUAUGAAAGUGUUGGUUUCCAAUCUUUGUGGGGUAUUUGCUCUAAUGUGUUAAUGUAACACUUAUGUUACAACCUGAAGGGCACAUUUUACCACUUUAAUGGGUGACUCAGCCAAAAGAGAAGGUUAUCCUGGUUGGCCACAACAUGGGUGACCCAGCCAUAUCAGUCGCCAUGCAUGGAGAGGUUCCCAAAGAAAAUUAUUGCAGUUGUAUUUGCCACUGCUUUCAUGCAUGGUCUUGAUUUCAGUUACUUGACCAUUUAUCAAAAGGUAAGGCCUCGUUCAGUUCCACCCAACUGAUACACCUACCUUU